GAUGGAAGCCUUGGCUUCAGCCUUGCACGCCGCGAGGGCGCUGCGCUUUGGGGAGUUCCUGCUCAAGAGCAGCCUCGUCUCUCCUGUCUACGUCGACCUGCGCGUCAUCGUCUCGGAGCCCAGCUUGAUGAACAAGGUAGCAGACCUCCUUUUUCAAACUGCAGAGGAAGCGAAGCUCCAGUAUGAUUCGGUGUGUGGCGUCCCAUACACAGCUUUGCCAUUGGCGACAAUCAUCUGCUCCACCAAAAAGAUCCCAAUGCUUAUACGGCGAAAGGAAGCUAAAGAUCAUGGUACAAAGCGUCUUGUUGAGGGCACAAUAAACCCUGGAGAAACUUGUCUGAUCAUUGAAGAUGUUGUUACAAGUGGUUCGAGUGUCUUGGAGACAGCGGAGGUCCUUCGGAAAGAAGGGCUGAAAGUGACGGAUGCUAUAGUACUCUUGGAUAGAGAGCAAGGGGGGAAAGCUGUGUUGCAAAAGCAUGGGAUUCGCCUGCACUCGGUGUGUGCCUUGUCUCAAAUUCUCAAGAUCCUUGAGCAGCAGCAGAAAGUCACUCCUGAGAUGGUGACAAGGGUUGAAACAUUCAUUCGGGAGAAUAUUGUUGAACCGUCCAAGCAAAACGGCUUGGCUCCUACCAAAAGGAUAUGCAAGGAAAUGAGUUUUGCUGCUCGGGCAGAGCUACGAGGCAUUCAUCCCCUGGCUGCCCAACUUUUCAGGAUCAUGGAGAAAAAGCAGUCUAACUUAUGCCUCUCUGCUGAUGUGACCACGUCCAAAGAAUUGCUCCAGCUGGCUGAUAACCUGGGCCCCUCCAUCUGUAUCUUGAAAACACAUAUUGAUAUUCUGGGUGAUUUUUCUCAAGAAGUAGUAAAUGAGUUGCGAAAACUUGCAGACCAGCAUGAAUUCUUGAUAUUUGAAGACCGCAAGUUUGCAGACAUUGGAAAUACUGUGAAGCAUCAAUAUGAAGGUGGCAUUUUCAAAAUAGCAUCCUGGUCAGAUAUAGUCAAUGCCCACGCAGUUCCUGGCCCUGGAGUUGUGAAGGGAUUGAAAGAAGUGGGGAAUCCUUUACAACGGGGGUGUCUCUUGAUCGGAGAGAUGAGCUCAGAGGGGUCCUUGGCAACUGGAGACUAUACUAAAGCUGUGGUUAAAAUGGCUGAAGAGCAUGCCGAUUUUGUCUUGGGAUUUAUUUCUGGCUCCAGGAUAGUGGAAAAACCAGAAUUUCUUCACUUGACUCCAGGUGUUCAGAUGCAGACAGGAAGUGAUAACCUUGGGCAAAAGUAUCUGAGUCCUCAAGAAGUUAUUGGUAAAAGACGUUCAGAUAUCAUCAUUGUGGGGCGUGGCAUCUUGUCCGCAUGCAAUCGUUCAGAGGAAGCAGAGGCAUAUAGGAAGCUGGCAUGGGAAAGCUAUUUGCAGAGGAUUGGGGUUGGUGCACAAAUGUAAGCCAAGUGCUGCAUUCCCUUAAGUAAGGCAAUCCUAGAAUCUCACAUGAUUGCCAAGGUAAUUCUUCAUUGUUUACCUGGUGAAUGUGUGUGUUAAAAUGUGCUAAUAUGCAAGCUGCAGUGGUGACACUUAGUGGCAAUGCAUUUAAACAUCUACUUUUCUUGUUUGGCUGAUCCUACAUUUCUAAAAGGAAAUGAAAACACUCCAAAUGGAUUUUUUUUUCUUCUCUUUGCUCUGAGGGAGCCUCAGACAUUAAGGGUGUGAGAGUAGGUAACAUGUUCUCACACGGUGUAUGUAGUUCUUCUUGUCUGGGUUGGAAUGUAAGGACUAAAUGUCGCACAGCUGAGCCCUCUGCUGAGUUUCUCUGUUCAGACUCAAGAUGCUUCAGAUAAUAUCAGAAACAUGUUUGUGUAGGAACUGUGUGCCUUAACUAGGGAAACAGUGCAUUUGGCUACAGUUUAAUGGAUGCCUUUGUGUAUGUAGAGACAAAACAUUCCAUCUUGCUAUGUAGCCCGCUACCUCUUCCUCACUUGGGAAACCUGAAUACUUUGAUUGCAAUUGUCUCAAAGCAAAACAUGCGGCACUUUUUUACAAAAUAAAAUUUGGAAAAAUCAA